AUGCUUUCCGCAUCAGCACAAGGUCGCAUGCUCUCGCAAACGCCAGCCGUCGCGUUCGCGAACGCGACGAGCUCGACUUCGUAUCCGCCGAGCAGACUCGCUCGCACGUCCGCGAUGUGGUCUCAACGCCCUUCAGCAGUGAUCUCUCCAGGAGCCUCUCCUCUGGGAGUGCGGGCCUUCGAUUGCUCGUACUCGCUGCCGGUUCCCAUGCACGCGCUCGCGGACCGCGGUGCUCGUUCCAAGCUACGGGGCCUCGCGACAAACUCGUACCCUACCGCGCAAACUUGCAGCGUCGAUAUGCACGUUCGAUAA